GAGAGCGCACGAUUUUCCCCUCGCUGCGCUUCGCACGAUUGUUUAUAUAUAAGAAGGACACUUUGGGAUGCGGACAAACGCAAGUGCUUCAGUGGAGAGAAGCGCAUGAGAGAGCAAGCAUUCACGCACACUGGGUUGUCAGUCUCCUUUCACACAUAGGACUUCUCCCCACCUCGGCUGUGACACCCCCGGUAAAUCGCUGAGAAAGGAUAACGUUCUUUUUUUGUUAUUAUUCCACGCUAGAGACGUAAAGGCUGAAAGUGAGGCUGCCGUUCUCAGGCCACUGACUGUCUGAUUGUAUGCCUUUGAAAAGUUGCCUGGAGAACAUGGACAUCUGACGUGCGCCACACGGCGUCACUGGACACAGUGGGCCUCCCUCACCCUCGCUCAUUCCUCCACCACGUCUUUGGACUGCUUCACCUCCUGCGCCUUGGCUUUGGAGCGAGAAGAAGUGAUCGUCUCUUGUCAUUCGUCCUUAUUGAGGCUACACCAGUGAUCUCUCUGAGAUCUCUACUCUCUGAGUAGAAAAUAUUUAUUUUCCUUCUCAUCACCACGGAUGUGUCCCGCCCUGACCUGCAUGAAAUAAAGCCCAUGGUUCAGCCAGGUCCUGCGGCUACUCGGAGCUGUUCGUCAAGUGUCAUCUCCAGCGUCUCUUUGAAUGGUCACGUUUUUGCUGCCGUUCCUGUGGUGAAUUAUUCCGUGUUCGAGCGCAUUUUCUUUCUUUUAAUGUUUUUAUAUUUUUCAGCGCUUACAAACUGCACCAGUAACACAACACACAUGUGAACGAGAGUCUUCACCUGCCCGGGUGGAAGCGCUCGCACAACUCAACUGCACUGAACCACGAUACAGGAAUACCUGCCGAAGUUUUACCGUGGUGAUGCUGCAUAUCGAAAUGGUCCUUUUUGUCUGCCUGGUGGUGUUGAUGUGUGUUUUCAGCCAGGAGUCCAGUUCCAAAGUGGUGGCAGACCGCUACGCCGUCUUCUGGAACCGGACCAACACCAAGUUCCAUCGGGGAGACUACCACAUCGAUGUGUGCAUAAAUGACUACCUGGACGUGUACUGUCCACACUACGAAGACACAGUUCCAGAGGAGCGGACAGAGCGCUAUGUGCUCUACAUGGUUAACUACGAUGGCUAUAGCACAUGUGAUCACACCGCCAAGGGCUUCAAGCGUUGGGAAUGCAACAGGCCGCACUCCCCAAAUGGGCUACUUAAGUUUUCAGAGAAGUUCCAGCUCUUCACUCCCUUCUCCUUGGGAUUUGAAUUCAGACCAGGCAGAGAAUACUACUACAUCUCCUCCACCAUCGCUGAGAAUGGCAGGAAAACAUGCCUGAAGCUCAAAGUUUUUGUCCGACCAUCAAACAGCUGUGUGAAAACUACAGGUGUACAUGACCGUGUUUUUGAUGUAAACGACAAGGUAGACAAUACAUUAGAACCACGAGAGGGUACCAGCCAUGAACCAGCCAAGCCUUCUCGAAGCGAAACAAAUGGCGUGCCACACCUGCAGAAAACAAGUCCGCUCCUGGCUUUGUCGCUGCUCUGUGUAGCUGCACUCUUCACGUUAUAG